AUGGAUGAACUUGUUAGGAAGGUUUCCCGCCGGCUUGGAACAGAUCCAAAGGAAACAGUGGAUAUGAUUGCCGAAGCACUUGGAGAUCCAUGCUACCAAGAAAGGCUGGUUGAGAUUCUCGGGUACGAGAUGAUGGAUGAGAUAGAAACGAUCUGCAGGAGUCAGGAGUAUUUUGUAUCCCAAGAAAAAGCAGUGGACAAGGGAUUUUAUGUGGAGUACAACUUUCCGGAGUCUAUUCCUGCAGAGGUUGAUGGCUCUGAGAUUGUUUCUACGGAUGCUACUGGAGAAGACAAGAAGUACUUUGACUACGAGAGAUUUAACAAGGUUCAAUCGAAAGUGUUUAAGGCGGCGUACAGAAGUGACGGGAACAUGCUAGUGUGUGCACCCACAAGCUCGGGAAAGACAGAUGUUGCCCUUCUGUGUGUCCUCAGGGCACUAGGUAAGGGAAGCAAGGUUGUCUACAUAGUUCCGAUGAGGGCACUUGCAACGGAGAUAGCAUUUAAAUACAGAAGGAAGCUUGGAGAGCAAAGGGUUGUGGAGUAUACUGGAGACACCGAAAUGAAGGUCGAGGAGAUGAUAAGGUAUGAUGUGAUAGUGUCUACGCCGGAAAAGUUUGAUGUAGUAACAAGGAAGCAAUACAAUGUGUUCCGGGGCAGGAUUGGGCUUGUUGUGCUUGACGAGAUCCACAUGCUGCAGGAUGAGAGAGGGCCUGUUGUGGAGGCGAUUGUAUGCAGAAUGUUUAGAUAUGUGGAGCUAUGGCAAAAGCACAUACGCAUUGUGGGGCUGUCUGCCACUCUUCCAAACCACUCUGAUGUGGGGAUGUUCCUGAAGGCCGAGCAUGUGUUCAGCUUUGAUGGUGGGUACAGGCCUGUUCCGCUUCGGAUGAGUGUUGUUGGGAUGACUCGAAGGAGCAAGCCCCAGCUUGAGGAGGACUUUCUGAGGAGGAAGGUAAAGGAAUAUCUGAAUGAUGGAAAGCAGGUUCUGGUGUUUGUUCAUUCGCGCGCAGAGACAACCAGGACGGCGAAGCUCCUAAGUGAUGAGGAUGUUCGUAGGGAAGUGAAGGGCGGCAUUGUGAGCGGGGUGCUUUUGGAGCUUGUGAGAAGAGAGGUUGGGAUACACCAUGCAGGGCUCCCAAGAAGGAUAAGGCUGUAUAUGGAAGACGAGUUUAAGAUGAAGAGAAUAAAGGUACUGGUUACGACAGCAACCCUGGCCUGGGGUGUGAAUCUCCCUGCAUAUGCCGUAAUAAUCAAGGGGACAAGGUUCUAUGACUCUUCGAAGGGAAGGUUUAGCGACCUAGGAAUCCUGGAUGUGCUGCAGAUAUUUGGAAGGGCGGGGCGCCCCCAAUUCGAUGCUAGGGGAGAGGGCUGUCUGAUAACGACAGGAGACAAGAUGGAUCACUAUGUGUCUCUGCUCAAGAAUAGUAGGGAUGUGGAAAGCAGAUUGCUCCAGCAUGUUGCAGAUGUGAUGAAUGCAGAGAUUUAUCUAGGAACCAUUGAGGAUGUCAGCACAGCAAUGGUGUGGCUGAAGAAUACGUUUAUGUACAUUCGGAUGUCGAAGAAUCCUAUGCAGUAUGGAGUAAGCAUGGAAGAUCUACAUGACGAGGACAAGGCGUUGUCUGAUUAUGUUGUUCUUACCUGCAAGAGGCUGGAGGAGUGUGGGAUGGUAAGAAUAUAUAAGAGGAGGAUUGGGGACUUCAGAACAUGGAAGUUCUGCAGUACUGAGUAUGGCAGGAUUGCCAGCAUGCAUUACCUGUCUCAUGAGACGAUAGAGGGAUGGCUGAAGGAGAUGGAAGACGUGUAUGACGAAGACUCCAUACUCAAGAUCUGCUUUGAGUCUAAGGAGCUUUCUUCCUUAGGAUGCCGAGAGGAGGAUGAGGAGGCCAUCAAGGAGCUUUGCUCGGAAAUGGGCAUGAAGUACGAAGUGUCCAUAGGAUGCAAGCUCAUGACUCUUGUGAAGGCCUACAUCAAGAGGCAUCCAAUAACAAGGUUUUCGCUUGUGUGUGAUGCUGAGCAUGUUGUCAAAAACCUACGGAGGGUUCUUAUGGGGCUAUGCCAGAUCUUCAUGUUUCAGGGAAGGCACCUGGCCGCCUCGAAGUGCUGCAUACUGCUGAAAAGAGUGGAGAGGCAAAGAGAGAGAUCUUGGAACGAUGACAAUAGGGUGGAAGCAGGUCUUUCCCGUGUGAAUGGGAUGGUCAAGGUGGAGAUUUCCCUGAAGGCCAAAGGAGAGUAUUGGAUCUUUAUAUGGGACGGCUGUUCUGCGAUCUAUUCCGAUCUUUUCAGGCAGAGGACAGGCGUAUUUAUAGAGUCCAAGUCCGAUGUCCUGAAGAUUGAGAUCAUUGCCAGGGACGAGUGGGCAAAGGUAGAGAAGGAAUACAAGGUUUGUAAAGAUACCAGUGUGAGGUCUCUAUACUACGAUGGGGUCCAUGAAUGCUCCCAGAAGUGGUCUAUAGUGGGGGAGAAGCAGCCCUGUGCCCACUUCAGCAUCAUAAACGCAUUUUCUGAUCUUCCCAGGGCUAUAUCUGAAUGGAUGCUGAGUCACGAUGAUGCUUCUAAGCCUAAGGUUCUUCUAACGAGUAAAAAGGUUAGUCGCCACGAUCUGCAGGAUGGAGGGUGCCUCCACGUAAGCCUGUGUUACAGAAAAGAGCUUAAGGAUGCUUCAGGGAUAAGUGUGGCCUACCUGAGGCCAGACGUCCCCACCUGGUUUGCCAAGUAUAUUCUAUGUGACUUUUCUCUUCAAAUAAGAUUUGUGCAAGUUGAUUGUAGAUCGUUCAGGGAGAGGCUACAGAUCAUGAACUCUUGUAUUAUAUCGAUGAGCAUCUAUACAAACAAGAGAGUUGUGAUAGUAGCGCCUGACGAAGCCGACAUGAGGAAUACAGUGCAAGACCUCAGCACAAGAAUGCUUCUAAGGGAGAUGUCUCGUGGGAAAUGCGGUGUGAAGGUGAGGAGCGGAGUCCCCAGGAGAGGAGACACAGGGGUGUUUGUAACCACCUUUGACAGGGCCUUGGAUGUACACGAGGGCUUCACGGUGAUUUUCAAAGGAUGCUCUGACUCUGGCAGGUACUUUCCCAUGUUUGAGGUAUUGAGAAUAUGCGAUUCCAAGGAGGUGUUUAUAUACGAAAGCAAGGAUUUUAUAGAGUACUUUAACUGUUGCAUACUAAGUAACGGAGGAGAUGGAGAUUAA